CGCCCCGUCGCCCCGGCGGGUCCUUCGCGCCCGCCCGACUUCCCAGCGGCCCUGUGCGGCCCGGGCAUGCCCAGUGCGGGCGCAGCGGCCCCGGCCCUGGGAGCGCCCCGGCGGAGCUGGCCCGCGGUGGGCAAGGGGCCGGGCUGGAACCGCGGCGGCGGAGCUGCGGUUUCCAGGUCCUUCAUGAUGAGAGAUUGGGGGAUACUUCUCUCUCCUCUGUAUAGUUGAUAGUUUGGUGGUGAAGAGAUGGCUGACAGUGUCAAAACCUUUCUCCAGGACCUUGCCAGAGGAAUCAAAGACUCCAUCUGGGGUAUUUGUACCAUCUCAAAGCUAGAUGCUCGAAUCCAGCAGAAGAGAGAGGAGCAGCGUCGAAGAAGGGCAAGUAGUGUCUUGGCACAGAGAAGAGCCCAGAGUAUAGAGCGGAAGCAAGAGAGUGAACCACGUAUUGUUAGUAGAAUUUUCCAGUGUUGUGCUUGGAAUGGUGGAGUGUUCUGGUUCAGUCUCCUCUUGUUUUAUCGAGUAUUUAUUCCUGUGCUUCAGUCGGUAACAGCCCGGAUCAUUGGUGACCCGUCACUGCAUGGAGAUGUUUGGUCAUGGCUGGAAUUCUUCCUCACGUCAAUUUUCAGUGCUCUCUGGGUGCUCCCCUUGUUUGUGCUUAGCAAAGUGGUGAAUGCUAUUUGGUUCCAGGAUAUAGCUGACCUGGCAUUUGAGGUAUCAGGGAGGAAGCCUCACCCAUUCCCUAGUGUCAGCAAAAUAAUUGCUGACAUGCUCUUCAACCUUUUGCUGCAGGCUCUUUUCCUCAUUCAGGGAAUGUUUGUGAGUCUCUUUCCCAUCCAUCUUGUCGGUCAGCUGGUUAGUCUCCUGCAUAUGUCUCUUCUCUACUCACUGUACUGCUUUGAAUAUCGUUGGUUCAAUAAAGGAAUUGAAAUGCACCAGCGGUUGUCUAACAUAGAAAGGAAUUGGCCUUACUACUUUGGGUUUGGUUUGCCCUUGGCUUUUCUCACAGCAAUGCAGUCCUCAUAUAUUAUCAGUGGCUGCCUUUUCUCUAUCCUCUUUCCUUUAUUCAUUAUCAGCGCCAAUGAAGCAAAGACCCCUGGCAAAGCAUAUCUCUUCCAGUUGCGCCUCUUCUCCUUGGUGGUCUUCUUAAGCAACAGACUCUUCCACAAGACAGUCUACCUGCAGUCUGCCCUGAGCAGCUCCACUUCUGCAGAGAAGUUCCCUUCACCGCAUCCGUCUCCUGCCAAACUGAAGGCUGCUGCAGGCCACUGAGUUGCCUGCCAUCCAAAGGGGAUGGGCGGGAUUGGAAGGAGGCUGUGGCAGCUCUUUCCUUGUUCAUCCUCCCCCUGCUAGGGAAGGCAGGACCCACUCUGCCAAGGGCCCUCUGCAUAUUCCCUUCUCUCUGAGGAAUUGGAAUUUUUGUCUCUGGUGCACGUAAGGCAGAACGUUUCCGACACCAGUGUGUGGAUUUUUAACAUCACCGUGAGUCUGAAAGGACCACAGGUUUUUCUGCAGCUAUUUUCUAGCAUUUGCCAGUCCCUGUGCCUGGACUGAUUUGAAUACUUUGUUUUUCUCCCUGUGCCAUUUACCUUCCCACCUUUCCAUCCUGCCUUCUACCACCCUUGGAUGAAUGGAUUUUGUAAUUCUAGCUGUUGUAUUUUGUGGAUUUGUUAUUUUUGUUGUUUUUCUGUGAAGCACAUACAUUGGAUAUGGGAGGUAAAGGAGUGUCCCAGUUGCUCCUGGUCACUCCCUUUAUAGCCAUUACUGUCUUGUUUCUUGUAACUCAGGUUAGGUUUUGGUCUCUCUUGCUCCACUGCAAAAAAAAAAAAAAAAAAAAAAAAAAAUAGCCUGAAGAGAUGAGAUAGGAGGAAAAACCUCACAGCCAGAUCUGCUGGGUUUUGAGGAGUGAUUUUCUUUCUUCCCCUUGAAGGGGAAAAAGCUAUUUCCACUGGUACAUUUAAAGUCCCCCAACUAUGGGGAAGUACCAAUUCUGGACAAGUGCCACUGCAACAACACUAAACCUGAACUUUUCAAAUCUGUUGGGGGUGGGAGACGGCGGGCAGAAAUUUACUGUUGGCCACUGCCUGGUCUGUUUGAUAUUUCAAAGGAAUAUUGGGUGCUGCAAACAGGAACUGAAGGGGUAAACGUAUCAAACCUGUGAUUGGUUGAUGUUUUCCUGUCAUUUUAAGAGAUUAAAUGUGGGGGGCAGAUGUCAAAAUACUUGUACAAUUUUAAAAUAUCACAAUUAAACGUGAGCUGGUUUCCCACAAAA